AUGUCCACGCCUAUUUCUAAAGCCACGUCUGCUGGCUCCCAUCCAGAGCGCAUAGAUGUCUCGGUUCCUGCCGCUUCCUCGCCAGCUGGUGACCCCCGGUCUCCGCCGUUGCCGAACCCGCCGCGCUCGUUACUCCCAGAAACCCCGAUCGAAACGCUCAUGAUCGACAAUUUCGACUCGUUUACUUGGAAUCUCUACCAACAAUUAUGCAUGCUUGGCGCCAAUGUCACUGUUUUGCGCAACAACGAACUCACUCCCAAUGAUUUUCCCAAUUUGCGCAUUCGUAAUUUGAUCAUCUCCCCCGGCCCUGGUCACCCGAGCACUGACAGCGGCAUCUCGAAUGAAGCGAUCAAAUACUUUGCUGGUCGUGUGCCGGUAUUGGGCGUUUGUAUGGGUCUCGAGUGUAUGGUCGAGAGUUACGGUGGAACGAUCGAGUACGCAGGCGAGAUUAUGCACGGCAAGACCAGUCCCAUUCGCCACGACAAUCGAGGAUGCUUCAAGGAUGUACCACAAGGAAUUCAAUCUACACGAUACCAUUCACUUUCUGCUCACCGUACAACACUGCCCCCUUGCUUGGCGAUCACUGCAACAACGGCGGAAAGUGGUGUGAUCAUGGGUAUUCGUCAUCGCGAACUCACUCUGGAAGCCGUCCAGUAUCACCCCGAGAGUAUCAUGUCUGAGGAAGGUGACGCGCUUCUACGCAAUUUCCUCGACCUUCAAGGCGGCACUUGGGCCGAAAAUCCUAUUAGCAAGGUUCUGGACCCCACGCUCCAUCCCUUUUCACCCGAUGUUCCUCACCGCACGCCUACUAUUCUUGACAAGAUCUAUGCUCAACGCCUCAAGGAUGUUGAACUUGCCAAAUCGACUCCUGGGACUACCAAGGAGGAUCUUCAAACAUUCUUGUCUAUGCAGCUUGCCCCACCUCUCGUCUCCUUUGUCGCGAGACUCAAGGCACGCGCCCCAGCGCUUAUGGCUGAGAUCAAACGCGCAUCCCCAUCCAAGGGUGCUAUUGCAAUGCAUACAAACGCCGCUCAACAGGCUCUGACCUAUGCACUUGCCGGUGCCUCGGUCAUCUCAGUUCUAACCGAGCCAAUGUGGUUCAAGGGUUCACUUCUCGACAUGCGUCUUGCUCGUGAGGCGGUGGCCACUCUGACCGAUCGCCCGGCGAUCCUUCGCAAGGAUUUUAUUGUCGACGAGUAUCAGAUUUGCGAGGCAAGGCUAUGGGGCGCUGACACGAUCCUUCUGAUCGUCGCCAUGCUUCCUCCCGACCGUCUACGCGCACUUUACCUCUUUUCGAUCUCAUUGGGAAUGGAACCACUCGUCGAGGUCAAUAACGCAGAUGAAAUGCGGACCGCCCUUCGACUGGGCGCCAAAGUGAUUGGCGUGAAUAAUCGCAAUCUUCAUGAUUUCAAUGUCGACAUGGGAACUACAUCUCGGAUCAGCACUCAUGCAGACGUCGCGACAUACACUGCCCAAGGAGUUGGCGCAGUUCUGGUUGGCGAAGCCCUCAUGCGUGCUUCGGAUCCCGCUCUUUUCAUCCGUACGCUACUCGAUUUACCACCUGCCCGCACCCCACGAGGUGGAGCAACAAAGCCGCUCGUGAAGAUUUGUGGAGUCCGCAAUGUGGAAGACGCUGUGGUAGCUGCCGAGGCAGGAGCCGACUUUGUGGGUGUCGUCUUUGUUCCAGGAAGCAAGCGUUGCGUAGAUCUUGGGACAGCCAAGGAAAUCUCAAAGGCGCUGCGUACUCGACGUGCUUCUUCGACUACCCCCGACCGACCCCUUUCCGCCAAUGGCAUCACCCCUGCUCCAGGCAUGCAGGCACACCCUCCCGCAUCUAAUUUGACGGCAGUAUCAUGGUUUAGCUCUCACACUCGCUCGUUACCUUCUGCUCGUCCAUUAUUAGUCGGAGUAUUCCAAGAUCAGCCGCUCAGCUAUGUUACACAUAUAUGCAGCGCCGUUGGCCUUGAUAUGGUGCAACUUCAUGGCCACGAACCCGUCGAAUGGUCGCGUUGGAUCCCUGUGCCCGUGAUCCGGGCUUUCCAUCUCAGAGCAAAGGACUCAGCUUCCCAGGCUCAAACCAACGGAACGACCGAGUCUGAAGCCCACGACCAUACCAAAGAUAUCGACGCGAGCGGUCCUACCGGCUUGGAAGAUAUCGCCCGCCCAGGUUUCCACCGACACAUUCUUCUCGAUGCUAUCAAACCGGGUGCUACGAACAAACUGAGCGGAGGGGCGGGCGUGCCUGUCGAUUGGGAUCUUGCUCGCGCAGUAGCCGACGCAGGCGAGAUUGGUCGCGGACGGUUGCCUAUUAUCCUCGCUGGGGGGCUGGACUCCAAAAACGUUCGCGAGGCUGUGGAAAAGGUGGCCCCAUGGGCUGUGGACGUGAGCGGUGGUGUAGAGACCAACGGUGCCAAAGACCAUUCGAAGAUUAGAGAGUUUGUCAAGGCCGCCAAAGGAGUUUAG